AUGCGUCAGCUGGCUGCCUUCUCAGCCACGAAGGCGCUUCGCCGUCAGAUCAUCCUCCAUGGCUGUCUCUCGCGCUUGGUAGCCACAACGCCCUUAGCCUUCACCUCGGAGGCACGAUGCCCCCUGUGGCUGCGUCUGGCAACUAGCCAUGGUGCUGGCGUGUCUGUUGCAGCAGCCGUCAUGGAGGCAGUUCAGAGGGAAUUAGCUCGUAGCCAGCCUCCGCACCGUAGCGAGCGGAUGCCAGAAUUCGACACCUCUUUCAACGAGUCCCUUGAUCGCAGCUUUCUCUUCACUCCCUAUCCAGCCUACGGACGCUGGUACCUGACUCUGUAUGCCGAGUGUUAUUCCGAGCCCUCGGCAGCCUCGCCCUGCGCACCCAAUGCCUCCGCCAACAUCCCCGUGAUGAUCCUAGUUCGAUCCACCCCCUGCAUCAAUCAGCGAUGCAGAGAUGUGGGUGAACCUAGCACUUUGCCACCUGCAAGACGAUUCGUUUCAAAUGUGAGUUUAGCGAAAAAGCGUUUGUAUUUACCUUCUGAAAUGACUUGUGUGGCUCUCUUUUUGGUGUUUUUGUCUCCCGACUCGCUUCUUCGAGUUCCCCUUUUGCCCAUCCAUGCCACUGAUGCCGUUCUGCCUUCUUUGAUGUGCAUCAACCUCGACACUCCUGGUGUGCAUUUCGUUAUUUUUGACCCCCUUUGA